CCCUCCGGGCUGCUCCAUCGGAGAAUCAAAUGACCGAGAGAUGAAAGCAGGAGGUGGUGAGGAGGACCGAGGAGGAGAGACGAGGGGACUGCCGAAACUCAAGAACCCCGCAAAGUUCUGGAAGAACCGCAGGCAGCAGAACCAAAACUGCACCAAAGAGAAUGAAGUGGACUGUGUGGAGGAGCGGCAGCAGGAGGAGAAGGAGCUGUUGGAGGAGAUCAGCAGGAGGCUGAUCGUCAGGGAGGAGCAGCUCUUCAGUCAGGACUCUCCCAGUAGGGAGGAGGACCAGCUGCAGGAGGACUUCGAGGCUCUGAAACUGCAGAUAUGGAUGGCUGUCCACAACACCUUCAACGCCUCCUCCUCCUCCUCCUCAGGACAGCUGGAUGCCCUGAGGAGUGCUGUGGCCUCCAUCCAGCAGCAGGAGGUGCAGGACAGGCGCUGGACAGGCUGUCCCAAGGACAGAUUCCCAGUGUGGCGUCCUCUGAAAUGUGUCAGCACUCACAACACUCUGCUGCAGAACAUAGUGGAAUCCAGACUGACAAAGGCUGCAGAGGACGAGUCGAGUGGAACCGACGGACUGUCCUCACCUGUGAAGAGGGAGGUGUGUCGUAUGGGGAAGCGUGUGAAGGAGGACCUCCUGAUGGUGGUGAGGACGGUGAAGGACUGUUACCCUCCACAGAUGGACAUCCUGAAUGUCUAUGCUGGACUCUACCAUCAGCGGUUCUCUGCUCGGCUGACUGAACUUGCUGCUUCCGGACUAGAAAUAGACGACUGCAGCUACCUGCUGUUCUGGGUCAACCACUACUAUCCACAUAAAAUAUUAAAACAUGAAGACCUGGAUGGACAGAUAAAGACGGUCUGCCUGGGUUCUCUGCUGCUGCAGGAUGAUCUGAAACGGAUGGAAGAGCAGUACCUGACCCACAAAGAGGACAAAGUGACAUUGUGGCUUAGCACAGCGUUAAAGAAAGAAGAGGAGAGCUGGCUCAGCGGCAAGAAACCUGAACUCAUCGACAGUUAUUACUUCAGCCCACUGGCUGUAGAUGUCAUACAGGUGAUAGACAGCUCCCUGGUUGAGUUCAGCCAUGUGAUCAGAGACCAGAACAAGACUCAGAGGAUCACAACUCACCUGGAGAGCUUCCUCAGCAGCUAUAAGAAGAGUGUGGAGGAGUUUGUGAAGGGGAGCCACAGUAACGUGGGCUCAGUGAUCAAAGCUCACCUGGUCUGUGAGGAGCAGUUCAGGGAUUAUGUCACUUCUUCAACAGGAAGCCUGUCUGAGAAGCAAAGACGUUGCUGUCUGGACACUCUGUCUGCCCUGAGGGAUUGUGGGUGCAAGUAUUUCACCUGUCCCAUUCACCGCCACCUGAAGGUGCUUUACAGUCACCUGUGGACGUCUGGCUGGUUGGACGGGUCACUUCCUGUCGUCGACUCUCUGCUGGACUCUCUGAGCCAACAGCUGAUGGACCUGACUGAUCUGAAACCAGCCUGCACACAGUCCCUGCUGUGUGUCCUACAUGAGGACGUGGUACUUCAGUAUGUGAAGAGGAUGAUGAAGACCAGGAUGAAGAGCAGAGAGCAGCAGGUUGGCGGAGCUCAGCGGAUGAAAGAGGACGCUCAAAAGAUCAACGACUUCUUCAAAGAGGGGGGCUGCAGCGAGUCCUUGUGGCUCGGAGAGGCUCUGUGCGGCGUCGCUGAGGUUCUCCGUCUGCAGGAUCCAGGAAGUGUUCAGCUGGAGAUGGUCAGUCUGGCCAGGACAUUCCCUGACCUCAGCAACGCUCACGUGUCAGCGCUGCUAUCUCUGAAAACUGGCCUAUCAGCUGCAGACGUUCGCUCCAUCAGGCGGAGCGUGGAGGAGAACCGCCUCCUUGAUGUCUCCACCAGUCACAGCCCUCCGCUCUUCUCCAAGGUGGCCAUGCUGAAGAAUAGACAGCUAAACAAACAUUUAGUGGAAGGUCUCAGAUCUCAUAUGAUGUUGUAAAGAUGGCCUCUGUAGCUCAGAUUAAACCUGGUUUCCCUGUUCAGUCUCAGAUCCAUUCUGAUGCGGUGUUCCCCAGAGUUCAAUCCUGGGUCCCCUUUAGUUCCUUUUGCAAAAGCCUUUUCUUUGGCUGAACUAUCAUAAAAGUCUGUACUGAUUUUACUUGUUAAUUGUAGACAUAGCUUUUGUGUACUCUCUCUCUUGUGUUGUGUAAUCAAUGAGGUACAGACCAUCACUUUUUGGCUCCAACCAGACAUUUAUUCUGAUAACAGCAGAAUGAAAUCAGAACUCCGACAGUCAAGUUCACGGGAACAAGCUCCAGAAAAAAAUAAAAACAAGGAAAGAAAUAAUUUAAAUAACUGCUGGUUAUUGAGUUACACCACUGAGAUUUUUAAAGACCCCCUC